AUGAGUAUAGUUAUUUUUGGUGGUGAUUCACACCCUGAAUUAGUUUCCAAAAUCUGUGAAAAUUUGGAUAUAAACCCAUCUCAAGUGAAAUUAGGUAAAUUUUCCAAUGGUGAAACCAGCAUAAGUGUUGGUGAGUCUGUGCGUGAAAAAGAUGUUUAUGUGAUUCAAAGUGGAUGUGGUCAUGUUAACGACACUUUUAUGCAACUUUUGAUUAUCAUUAGCGCCUGUAAAUCUGCAUCUGCAUCAAAAGUUACUGCUGUGAUGCCAUAUUUCUGUUAUUCUAGACAACCUGAUAUUCCAUACACUGUGAAAGGUGCACCAUUGAUCUCUAAACCAGAUGAUGAUCAGAUGGUUACCACGGCGAAACCAGGUGAUAAAUCAUUAAGUAGUGCUAUACGAUCCUCUAAUUCUGAAUUAAAGAAAUCGAUGUCAUUCUCUAGAAUUCCAAUGGUUUCAAAUGGCAAAAAUCCUUUGAAUAGUACCAACUCAAGUAAUGAUGCUGAGGAAAUAUUCAAUUCCAAUAAUUCCGGGUAUAAAUUAUGGGUUGUUCAAGCAGGUACAUUAAUUGCCAAUUUAUUAACUACAGCAGGUGCAGAUCAUGUAAUUACUAUGGAUUUACAUGAUAGACAAUUCCCUGGGUUCUUCAAUAUACCAGUGGACAAUCUUUAUUGUAAGCCUAUUGCCGCUAAUUACAUACAACAUAAUAUUCCAAAUUACAAAGAUGCCGUGAUUGUUUCACCCGAUGCAGGCGGUGCUAAGAGAGCCACUGCUAUUGCUGAUUCAUUAGAAUUAUCAUUUGCUUUGAUACACAAGGAACGUAGAUCGCAAUUAUUGAAGGGUCCUCCUGAUGCCACAUUAACUUCUGGUGGAUCAUUACCAAUCUCUGCGAAACCAUUAGUUUCUAGAUUAAAUUUAGAGAAGACUGUUGAGAAUUCUAAAUUUAUUCAAACCACAAUGUUAGUUGGUGACGUAAGGAAUAAGACAUGCAUUAUCGUUGAUGACUUGGUGGAUACAUCGUAUACCAUAACUAGAGCGGCCAGAUUAUUGAAGGAUCAAGGUGCCAGUACUGUAUAUGCAUUAAUUACGCAUGGCAUAUUUUCUGGAGAUGCAUUAGCAAGAAUCAGGGAGAGUAGUAUUGAUAAAUUGAUUGUUUCUAAUACUAUUCCUCAAAAGGAGACCAUCAAAGCAUUGGGCAAGGAUAAAGUUGAUGUCAUGGAUGUCUCUCGAGUAUUCGGGGAAGCUAUAAGAAGAAUUCAUAAUGGUGAAUCAAUUUCUAUGUUAUUUGAGCAUGGAUGGUAG